AAUGAUUUCCUUCGAAGGGGUAGCUCUCGAGGGGAUGGGACAAUCCCUUCCAGACCCAAUCGAAAAGGCUCAGUAGGUCACGGAAGUGUCUUUGUUGUAGACGAGAACACUGAGUUGUUGGAACCUUUUUUCCAGAAUGGUGGUCAAGUGAAUCCUCAUUUUACACCUUCCACAAAUGGAUUUAAUGGAGGCCAGAGGGCAAAACCUGGUGUGCCAGCUAAAAAUUUGGAUGAGAAUAUUACCACAGAGAAAAAAACAGAUUCCAGUGGAAGGGUUUCAACACAGGUUCCUAAAAAACCAUCAGUUGAUAUAAUUGACUUGGACAUUGGACGUUCUACUAAAAACCCCUCAGUGGGGAUUCCUCGUUUUCCUAAAAUCCCUAAUCUCAGAAUAUCAACAGAUUCCAGCCAACCAAAAGAAGACACAGAUGAAGAGACCAGGACUAUUUCACCUAAACCUUCCGGGAUUCCAAUCACGACUCAGAGCACAACAAAGUUGGAUCAUGGAACCAAACAUGAAGAUAAAGGCAAGCAACCAGACAAAAAAGACCCUGGGAUUGUUACCAUAGUAUCCAGAGAUGGAGAUCUGGUUCUGGGCUCAGAUGGCAAAAUGUACAGGCUACAGAAAGGUCCACCAGGACGAAUGGGUCCCCCAGGACAGGAAGGCUGUCCUGGUGAGCCUGGCCUUCGUGGGUUCAAAGGUGAUAAGGGUAAGAUUGGUUAUGAAGGAAGACAAGGAAAGAGGGGGCUUCAAGGGCCUCCUGGACCACCAGGUUUACCAACCCUCUACCUGUGGAGGAACACUGCUGAAGAAUGGGCAGCUUUCCAGCAAACCAACUUUUACCAGUUGCUGCAAGCUGGAUGGCCUAGUACAGAAGGUCCUGCAGGACCACCUGGAGAAAUGGGAAGUCCUGGCCGACAGGGGCCACCUGGCGAACCUGGAGAGCGGGGAAUACCUGGGAUGCCUGGGGAGAUGGGCGAUCAAGGCCCCAGGGGCCCUGCAGGACAAGCUGGGACACCAGGGCAAGAUGGAGAAAAGGGAGAAGAUGGGCAGCCCGGAUCACCUGGUGUUUCUGGUGUACAGGGAUUGUGGGGAUACAGGGGUGAAAGAGGCCCCAAAGGAGAAAAAGGUGAUGAGGGUCACAUAGGCCUACAGGGCCGCAAAGGAGACAUUGGAAAACCUGGUGAAAAGGGUGCAAAUGGUUUUCCCGGUCCACCUGGUCCUGUUGGACUACCAGGGCCUCAGGGAAGCCGAGGUGGCGCUGGACCAGAAGGUCCUAUUGGGCCUGAUGGGGAAAGUGGACUGGAUGGCCCUCCAGGUCUGUCAGGGAUGCCAGGUGCAUCGGGAAUGACAGGACAAGUUGGAGCUCAGGGAGUGAAUGGCUCAAGGGGAGACAUGGGUCCAGCUGGCAGUGUUGGCCCUCAAGGCCCUCAGGGGCUUCCAGGUUUAGAGGGACAGAUGGGAAUAUCUGGCAGCAGAGGACCUCAAGGACAUCCAGGAUUGACAGGUGCACCUGGGCCAAAAGGAGAUCCUGGCCCUGUGGGUUCUAUGGGUACUCGAGGGGAUCCUGGCUUUGAAGGCCUCAUGGGGGCACCAGGUCAAACGGGUCCCAUGGGUUUUCUAGGAGUCAGUGGGACCAGAGGACCAGAUGGGGAAAAAGGAGAUUCAGGAUUUAAAGGGGAAAAAGGCUUUCAUGGGGCAGCAGGCAUUAGGGGACCUCAGGGAGAAAGAGGCGCAAUGGGCUUCCCAGGUUUCCCAGGACUCAUUGGCCAACCUGGACCUGGAGGCUCAGAGGGCAUGAUUGGUGAAGCUGGACCUCAAGGAAAACAGGGGAGUACUGGGUUAAAGGGGAACAAAGGACCAGAUGGCCGCACUGGUAAACCAGGACCCAGAGGGACAAAGGGUAUAAAUGGACAAAGGGGGCACUCUGGUCAAGCAGGCCCACUGGGUUUGCCAGGAUCAACUGGACCAAAGGGACCAGAAGGAAAGCCUGGGUCCGUUAGGUGCUGAGGGCAACACUGGCAUCAAGGGACUUAUGGGUGUUCAGGGCAUUGCUGGGGAGAGAGGAACAGAUGGCCCACCAGGUUCAGCGGGACCUCCUGGGAAGACAGGCCCCCCAGGUUCACCAGGGCCACCAGGAAACAAGGGUUUUAUAGGGAAGCCAGGCACGGAAGGAGCUCAGGGCCCAGUAGGCAUGUAUGGUAUCCAAGGGGAUGUAGGCAUUCGCGGUACUUUGGGUUCAAUGGGAGAGCGGGGAGAGCCUGGUUUACGAGGUUUACCUGGGCCUUCUGGGAAGCCAGGGCCUGUGGGACCGCCAGGUCCUUCAGGAGAGAGGGGACCCCGGGGACCUCAGGGUCGGUCUGGGGAUGAAGGACCUAAAGGGAUACAGGGCCCAACAGGCCCUCCUGGAGUUCCAGGUGCCAAUGGUGGAACUGGGAAACCUGGACCAAGAGGAAGCACAGGGACCCCUGGGCCUCAGGGACCACAGGGGCCAGCAGGAAUCCCAGUGAGUGGGGCCCAAGGGGUGCUGAUGGAUUACUGGGAACAGCUGGUGACAAAGGACAAAAGGGUUUACUGGGACCACCAGGUGAUGCAGGCUCCCCUGGGCACCAUGGACCACAGGGCCCUCUUGGUCAGACUGGAAUUGAGGGUCCACCUGGAAGGAAAGGAGAUCAGGGGGAUCAGGGUCCUUCUGGAAAACCUGGUGUUAAUGGGCCUAUUGGAGAAAGAGGGCUUGACGGUGUAAAAGGCCAACCGGGACAACCUGGACUAGCUGGUAAAGAGGGGGAAUUUGGGCACCAAGGUGAAUCUGGUGAUCCUGGACCCAAAGGAGAGAAGGGAGAGAUUGGACUUCUUGGUUUGUCUGGUCAAGAGGGCUCCUGGGGGGCUAUUGGAGAAAAUGGUCAAAGGGGCCCAAAGGGGGAGAAAGGUUACAUUGGACUGAUGGGUGAACCAGGGUCGAUGGGUGAGGUCGGCCCACUGGGUCUCAGGGGAUUUCAGGGUUCCACAGGUUCACAGGGACCUCACGGGCCUGAUGGACCUCAGGGAGAAAAGGGAGAGUUGGGACUUGCAGGAAUCCCAGGACCACCAGGUUCAGAUGGUCCUCAGGGAGUAAGUGGACCACGAGGUGUCAGAGGAGACACUGGAAAACAUGGAUCACCUGGUCCAGUCGGCCAAUUUGGACGGCAGGGUGACCAAGGACCAAAAGGAGAGCCUGGAGAACAAGGGUUUAAGGGAGAGCCAGGAGCUCCAGGCCCACCAGGGGAACAGGGGGAGGAUGGUCUGCCAGGAGUACAUGGUCCUACAGGUCUUUCUGGGAUUGAGGGACAAGCUGGGGCCAUGGGAUUCCAGGGCCUCCCAGGUCUCAUGGGGACUCCUGGAUUGAAUGGAAAACCAGGACCUGAAGGGAAACGUGGCGUGAAAGGAGAGCAGGGAGAUGAUGGUCAGAUUGGCACACCAGGGAAUACUGGUCACACUGGAAGGAGGGGAAAACGAGGGAAGGCCGGAGUCAGAGGUAACAGAGGAGACAGAGGAUCAAAGGGUGAAAAAGGGGACUUAGGACCUGUUGGCCUUCCUGGGUGGCCAGGGUUCAUUGGACCCCCUGGUUUACUUGGAGAGCCAGGGGAUCAAGGUGAAAAGGGGAAACAGGGUGAGAAAGGAGACAUGGGACUGCCAGGACCAUCUGGAGGUGAUGGCAUGAAAGGUAUCCGUGGUGCCUUCGGAUUAGCAGGACCAAUGGGCCUUAAGGGAGAACAGGGAAACAUUGGUCGAUCAGGUCAAAGGGGUAGACCAGGAAUGCCUGGAAUGCCUGGUUUGUUUGGAUUGAAGGGUUUGAAAGGUUACCAAGGUCCACCUGGACUACCUGGAAAGAAAGGGCUCCCAGGUCCACCUGGCCCUCCUGGACAACGAGGACCGUCACUGAACAUGACCUUAGUUCAACUUAAGGAUCUGAUGUAUGUAUCCGACAAGCCUAACUAUCCCCUGAUCCAGACACUGCUGGACUCUCUGCAGCAGGACUUUCGGCUGCUGUUGGAUCCCCCUGAUGGCAGCAAGGAGCAUCCUGCAACCACCUGCCUGGAACUCUGGCUCUGCCACCCUGAGUACACCAGCGGAAUGUAUUACAUUGACCCCAAUCAGGGUAGUUCAGCCGACGCUCUGCUAGCCUACUGCAGCUUUUACUCCUCGUCAAAGCAAACCUGCCUUCAUCCUCGAGACUCUCAGCUGCCCAUGAAAGCAUGGAUGGAGGAGUAUUCUGAAGAGGGAUCUUUUCAGUGGCUGAGCAAGCAAGAUGAAGGAUUUCAGUUUGACUACCCCGGCGCCAGUGUGGUCCAAAUGCGUUUUCUGAGGUUGCACAGUAUUACCGCGGUACAGACGGUGAUCUACUCCUGCCAUCCAGGACACAAACUGGGCCAAAUGGACAGAGAAGUGAAAUUCCUCACUGAUACAAGGAAGCAAAGUUAUCUUGGAAUGCUGAUAGAUUGUGUGCCUGGAGAGGAGACUUCUUCUAGGCCUCGGGAAUCAGUGCUCGAAUUCGAGGACCUCCAGCUGCUUCCUCUCAGAGAUGUGGCACUGAUGGGAGGCGGAAACUUCACACACCAGUUCAGUUUCACAGUUGGACCUGUAUGUUUUAGCUAGAGAUGAAAGAAAGCUGCCCUGUCCCAAAGGACUAAUACAUUCUGGAGUAAAACUGUUUUAUUUUAGACAUGGACAAGAGGACAACUCGAACUCUUCCAGUCUCUGAAGAUUUUACUUCUCAUUCCUCUUGUUAUUGGGGCAGUAGAUCUCUCAAGUCCAUUUUGUUUACAGAGACAUUUAUCUUGUACGAAAUAAUUUAAAUAUGUAUGUUUUUAUCCUUUACAUACCAUAUUUUGAACUGUAUGAAUGUUUUGUGUAUUUAGAUAUUGUUAUAACCUGUUUAUUUUGCAUUUUAAUGAUUGAUUAUCCUUAAUGACCUCCUAAUGUGUUCUUGGGGACACAGUUUUGUGUAUUUCCAAUGGCCAUAUAUUUGAUAGGUUAGCACACUAAUUGCAAGUGAACCUAGACAUGUCACUUUUAAUUCAGAUGCUGUUCAAGUUUAAUCUUACACACAUUGAUUGGAAAUUCAACAGAAAAGGAACUUUCAUUAUCUUACAUGAAAUUGGUGCUGAUAGUUAUCUAACUUUUUAGUUAAUAUAGUUUCAUAUACCGGUAAUUUAAUGUUUUGUUUACUCUGAACAUCUCAGGUAUAAAACACAAGCGAUAACAAAGACAGGCACUUAUUGCCAAAGGAUGUUGUACAGUUUUUUAAACAAAGCUUCAUAAAUGUUGGAGGGAAUGUGUGGCAUUAUUCACACACUGAUCAGUUAAGUUAAAUUGCUGUGUCAUGUUUUGUUGAAAAUGCCAUGGAUACUUAAAGCUUUCCAUACAGCCAAGUCUGUACAGCGAAGUUCAUAGGGGGUGGUUUAUUGAACAUCUCAGCUCGAACUGCGUAUCUCUUCUGAGAUCUGUCAUCAUCAAGUUGUGGACAACCAUGCCAUUUUAUGAUUUAGACAAUAAUUACUCUCAAAAAUCCAUGGUGCAUAUCAUUACCAUAAGACAGGUUAAACAGAGCUUAGCUUUGGAGCUCCAUUAUCGUGCAGAGUCAGACUGCCACUCAUCAGAUAGAAAGAAAAUUGCUUAAAUGGCAAUUAUCUUUUUUAGUUUUUAUUCAUUUAAAAGAAAAUAAUUCACAGUUUGCACAGGAACAGGUUUCAUUUCCAAGUCAAUACCUUGGUUGAGAUUGAUCAACAUAAUACCCACAUUUUAAGUAUUUCCCCAGACAUAUAUAUCACCAAAUCAAAUAAUGAAAAAUAUGAAAAAUGAACUUUUAACAGCUUUCAUUUGUAUUUGCCUAGACUUGACAUUAAACUUUCAUUGGAAUAAUGGUCCUUCAAAGUUGUACAACAAUAACAGUGGAUGAUUAUUAACUACUUUAAACUCAGUAACUCUAAUUAGUUUACUAAAAACUAAUAUACGUCUCUCUAUAUAAAAAGAUUUAAAAAUGUAGUUAGAAUUUGAACAGAUUUAAAACAACUUUUCAGUUGGGGGUAGAUUGCUGUGGACUUAAAUACACCUUUUCCUCUUCUCAAUGCAUUUUGUUACUGUAGAAUUUCAUAAAAAACUUUCAGUCCUUACAAAACUGAAUACACACUGUCCCCUUCACAUCAGCGCUAUAGGGGUGCUAUUAAAUUAUUAAUGUGUAAAGAAGACAUGUUGCAUUCCAAGACAAUGCGGCAAGUGAAACAAUUAUAUAAACCAAAGGCUGAAGCUGAUAAGGCCAGAACACAUAGACAAAUUUCCUCCAAAAACAUUAUGUUUUGUCUUACUACACUAUGAAACUCAUGCAUCAGCUUGACGGCAGUCCGAGAAUAGACUGCAGAGCCCUUUUGCCCCCUGGUGAAAAAAGGUGCUUGUUACUGCCCAUUAAGCUCUCAGCAAAUACCGUCAACCUGAAUUUCCGCUUCAUUCAAUCCAAGAAGUGCUUGAGAGAGGCAAACAUUGUUGCUGCUCAGCAGUUUGGUGGUUUUGUCCUUUAGUUGCUUAGCAGUGAGAGAUAAGCUGAGUGGUGUACAGUCUGCAGGGGAUGCACAAGUAAGAUCUCAGGGAGUUUGCAGCUCAGCUAAAACUGUAACUCUGGCUUGAAUCACAAAAACAUCAUUUGAGUUAGAAAAAUAACAAUUGGACUGAGGCACGACAUUGCUAUAACACAGUAAAAUAGGACAGCUAGAUCUGUAAGAUUAAAAAAAAAACUUUGAUGGAAUCUUAACCAUCAAAGUCUGAAAUUCUAACUUGGUGUUCAAUGUUAAGUAUUUCUCUUUUCUUCCAAACAAUUCAUAUGAUUGCCUUAGCUGGCUGAGACUGAUCAUUGUAACUUUGUUUGCUAUGUGACAAAAAAACACUUAAAAUAUUACAUUACAUGCUAGACAUCUGUCUUGUGGGAUUCUUCAGUAGUUUGUUCAAACGAUUGUGUUCCAAUGAUUAAAAA